AUGUUCUCUGCGCCACGUGUGACCGUCACGGCGUCACGACUCUCAAGUUAUUCUUGGCCUUGUUCCUUGCAGGUGCUGAAGGUGUGUCUGCUGGCAGCCGCCGCCCUGGCUCUGCCCGGUGGCUUUGGGGGCGGCUUUGGCGGUGGCUUUGGCGGCGGCGGCGGUCAUGGUGGUGGCGGCGGCGGCGGGUUUGGUGGUGGAUAUGGAGGUGGUGGCGGUGGUGGCGGCGGUGGUGGCGGCGGCGGCGGUUACGGGGGUGGCUAUGGAGGCGGUAUUGCAGUACCCAUCCCUUACAACUUCGACUACGGCGUCUCAGCGGGCAACACCAACUUCGGCCACAGCGAGAACGGUGACGGUCGCGGCAACGCCCACGGCGGCUACUGGGUUAACCUGCCCGACGGUCGCGUGCAGAAAGUUGACUACUGGGCUGACGGCAGCGGCUACCACCCGGUAGUGACCUACCAGGGCACCGCCGUCUUUCCUGCCGGCAAGGGCCGCUACGGAUACCACUGAGAGGGCCAUGGAUCCACUACCAGAGCCGCGGGACUGACAGGGAGCCGCUGUAUCUUGAUUUACUUAUCCUUGUGUUAAGAAUUUGUUGAAUAAAUGGCUGCAGGCGAA